CGCUCUGAUCCCGUCUUCAUCUCCUGCGAUUCCAGGGCCGUGUACCCGCCAUGUUUUCAUCCCGCGUUAUUUCGCCAUCAAUAACCCGCCGUUUGAGCUCAAGAUCAUUCUCAACCACAACAUCUCGGAAUGCCGACUUCACACACGCUGUAAUAGGCGGCGGCGUUGUAGGUCUAGCAAUCGCACGCAAACUACAAUCUCACAAUGGCGCCUCCACAGUCCUAAUCGAAAAGCACGGCUCCGUCGGCACAGAAACAAGCUCCAGGAACAGCGAAGUCAUCCACGCAGGCCUCUACUACGGCGCCGACUCGCUCAAAACAAAACUAUGUGUGAAGGGCAAGGAAAUGCUGUAUGAUUUGUGUAAGAAAAACAAUAUCCCGCAUCGCAACACGGGGAAAUGGAUCGUCGCGCAGGACGCCACGCAAAUGGACGCUAUCCAAAAAGUCCAUGAAUUUUCAAAGACGAUUGGCGUACCAACACACUUCCUAUCCAAGGACGAGGCGAAGCGAAGAGAACCAGAUGUCCGCGCCGAAGCCGGCGUCCUCGAGUCCCCUUCGACAGGCAUCGUCGACUCCCACAGCCUGAUGCAACACCUCGAAGGCGCCUUCGAAAACAGCGGAGGAAUCUGCGCCUUCCACAGCCCCGUCUCUUCCAUCACCCCCAUAAACUCCGGCCGGGGGGGAUGGGAAAUCACCACAACGUCGCCCGACAACCAAACCAGCACCAUCACCGCCGAGACGUUGAUCAACUCCGCGGGCCUGUACGCCGUGGAUAUUAACAACAUGAUCAUGCCACCAGACCGACAUAAAAAAGCAUACUACGCAAAGGGCACGUACUUCUCAUACAGCGCCAGUCGCCCCGCGCCUUCUACACUCAUCUAUCCCGCGCCCAUACCCGGCCACGGCGGGCUCGGCACGCACCUCACGCUCGACCUAUCCGGGCGCAUACGCUUCGGUCCAGACGUCGAGUGGGUGGAUAGUCCCUCCGACUACACGCCCAACAUCGCCAACAUGGCGGCUGCAAUCGAGGACAUCGCCGCCUAUCUACCGGGCAUCGAUAGAGACGCGGUGCAAUUGGAUUAUUGCGGGAUACGGCCGAAGCUAGGGAAGAAGGCCGUUAUGAGCGGGCAGGGGUUUCAGGAUUUUUGGAUUAGGAGGGAGGAGGGGUACGAGGGGUUGAUUAAUCUACUGGGGAUUGAGAGUCCUGGGUUGACGAGUUGUUUGGCGAUUGCGGAGGAGGUGGAGGGGUUGGUGUAUGGGUGACGUUCUGGUAUGUAGAAGUAGUUUCAAGUUUACCCGUGAGCAUGUAGCGUUGAAGCAUAUGAUUCUGCAUCAAGAAAUGUAUCAGACACAAUAGACACGUGCAUCAAGAAGAAGCAUAUAGGUAGUAACGUGAUAUAAUUCAUCCCCUUAGGGACUACUAACAUU